GAGUGCUGUGCCCGGCUAUCCUCAGGACAUGGGAUUACCACUGCAUGCCAUAAACUCACUAUGGAUAGCUAACAAAAUCAAGCCCACAGGAACAGUCCACACUCCGACAUCUGGCAGCAGCUGGACUCAGUGGGUGUCUUAGGGUUACUAUUGCUGGACCAAAAGCAAGUUGAGGAGGAAAAGGCUUCUUUGGCUUACAUAGUUCAGGUAACAGUUCACUGACUGAAGCCAAGGCUUUAACUCAUGCCAGGCUGGGAUCCGGAGGCUGGAGAGGAGGAAGGAGCCAUGGAAGGAUGUUGCCUGCUGGCUUUCUCCUCACGACUUUCUCCGUCUCCUUUCUCAUAGAACGCAGAACACCUACACAAGGGGAGGCUCUGACUACAAUGCGCUGAACCCUCCCUCAUUAGUCACUAAUUAAGAAAAUGCUCCACAGGCUGGCCCACAGUCCAAUCUCAGGGAGGCAUUUUGUCAACUGAGGCUGGCUUCUCUCAGAUGACUCAAGCUUGCGCAGAGUUGACAUAAAAGUAGUCAGACACAAGAGGGUACAAAGAUGUGGGGGAGGAGGACAUGAAGUGGGGAGCAGGAAAUAUUGGGGUGUAGGUUGGAGUGGGAGGAGAGAACUGGGAAUGGAUAUACUGGAGAUGCAUUGUUUACAUGCAUGAAAUUAUCACACAAUAAAUAAAAGAUUUUCUAUUGAAACAAGCCAAACCAAUAAAAGGACAAAAGGGCAGGGGACAUACUAAUUCAUAUUUGACUAGCAUUUCCUUAGCACAUUGGGCAGAAUGCGCAAAAGAGCUUAGAAGUCAGUGGUCUGAAUUCCGUGUGGUGAGAGUCCUGUGUGAUCCAAGCCAGUAGGAAGUGGUGUUGCACAAUGACCACAUCCUGAUCAUUAUCAUGAAACAGAAGCUGUAGACUAGCUCCGGAGAUUAAAAACUGAAGGAAGACCAUUGCUGCUGGUCCUAGAAUUACACACAUGCAGCAGCAGGAGUGGCGAGCUGAAGAGACAUUCUUGGAAAGGCGUGUUACCUGGGGGCGUCAUGAACUCCCAGUCCUUGCUCUUGCUCUGCCUUGGGCUGUGUGCUGGACCUACAAGCAUAAGUGGGGAUGGUAAGUGUCUCUUCAAUCAAGCCCCUGCCUUGACCCUUCAACCCAAGUGUUCAAAUGGCUUCAUCCCUUGUUUUAAAUGGUUCCCAGGAAGCGGGAUCAUAUGUCAUACGAAACUCUGGGUUUUACUUUCUUUCAGAGUCCUUACUCAAACCCGUCAUCAAUGUCUUGCCUAGCUCUGUGGUUCCCUCCAGGGGCAAUGUGACACUGGUAUGUUUUAGCUUGGUGAAAAACAUAAUAUGUGAUAUUCAAAGAAGUAGUAAUUUGGAUACUCGGAUACCACUUACGUUGAGAAAGAGGCCACCUAAAUUACAUUCAAGUUGGGCAGUUCCGGGUUGGUUUCAUUUCCAUCUCGUUGGCUUAGAGGAGAGUGAUUCUGGACACUACGUCUGCAAAUGCGAUACAGACAAUAUACUGUUGCCAUACAGUGAUGCGAUUCUAAUAUUGGUCACAGGACAUUUACCUAAACCUUCCCUCCAAGCUCACCCAGGGAGCUAUGUGAAUGCAGGAGGGAAAUUGAUUCUGCAGUGUGAGAAGCCAGAUAAUAUGACUGAGUAUGAGAUGUUCAUGCUACUGAAGGAAGGAGAUUCGUCACCUGUACAGAUGCUGCGAUCAGAAAGGAACAGAGCAGACUUCUCACUCCAAGAUAUAACAGACACGGACACAGGAAACUACAGCUGUGUCUACCACCAGAUAGGAGCCCCUUUCUGGACCUCACAUUCCAGUGAUCCCCUUGAGAUCUUGGUGUCAGAUCCAAGUGGUGGCCGCACAGACACGAAGGAAAAUGGUAAGCGACUCAACCACGCCCGCUCCGAGCUUUCAUCCCACAAGCUCUCUAUUUUCCCGGGGCUUCCUGGGAGCAGGUGGACGCGUCAGAUCCAGAAGUCCUUCCCAAACCCAGCCUCAGUGCGUGGCCAAACUCAGUGGCAUCAGAGAAUAGCAACGUGACGCUGCAUUGUGUGAGUCCUACACCCGGCGUUCGACUUGUUCUCAGAAAGGGAGAUAGCACUCUGGAUUCCAGGCUUCCGCAUCACUUGACAGAGGGGACAGCUGAGUUUCACCUGAGUAACC